CACACCGCAUCCACCCGGGACACCCGCAUCCAGACUCCCAUAUACCUCGGCACAUCCUGUGGGAUUCCCGCAUCCAGCCCCAGGAGCCCCACACCGAACUGGGACUGCCGGGACUUCCCACAUCCAACACAGCACCCGAUCCAGGACCCCCACCAUCCACCCCUCCACCGACCCCCCGCUGAUCCGAGACCCACCACAUCCAGCCCCGCACCGAUGCGAGCCCCCGCCAGGAACCUCCUCAUCCACCCCCACACCGACCUGGGCCCCCCGCGAGCCUCCCCAUCCAGCCCAGCACCGACCCCAGGAUCCCUCUGCAUGCACCCCUGUACCAACCCCAAACCACGGGGAUCCCCCACACUGACCCAGGACACUCCCUCACCCCACCCUGCACUGACCCAGGACUACUCGUUUCUAUCCUCGGCCCCUCUGCAUCCACGUCCCCAUGGAUCCCCUCAUCCAUCUGAAACCACUGGGACCACCCCCCACACCAGCCCAGGAUGCUCUCCAUUCACACCCCCCAACCUGGGACCCCCCAUUUCUACCCUCGGGCCCCCUCACACUGACCUGAGCCCCCCCAGCUGCAGUAGGCACAGGGCAGGAACAUCACACAUGUUACAGAAUCAGAGAAUAUUCCAGGCUGGAAGGGACCCCCCCAAAGAUCAUCAAAGUCCAACUCACAGCCCUGCUCAGGACAGCCACAACAGUCCAACCCUGUGCCUGAGAGCAUUGCCCAAAUAUUCUAACAUAUAUUGUCUAUAUCAUCAAUGAAAGGUCUGUACAUAUGGAUAUUCCUAAUCACCAGCUCACAAAACACAAGGCAAGACUUAAAAGAAAGUAAAAUCUUACUAAGGUUUAUUGACAGGACAAACAAAACCCAACCCUCGAAGACCUCAGAGUACCUCCAUCAAUCAGCCAUGGCCCACCUUCACUGCCCCUGUGCUUAAAAAGAGGCAAACAGAAGCCCCUCCCUCUCCCAAACUAGUUUAAUUAGGAAAUCAGCCUGUUAAUUGAUUACCAGAACUAUAAAACUGCUGUAAGAAACACUGGUAGAAAAGAGUCAGGAACAUCAAAGGGUCUUCACAGGAGCUGAAGGUACUAUUUAUUGUUCUUGUUCCUUCCUUUAUUUCUUAUAUGCUAAGAGAAGAUUGUUUUAGUCUCUUAAAGAAGACUUUCCUUCUAGACUGACUAUACAGCCCCUUUACAGUAAAUUCAGAUGCUAUUUACCACUGUUUAACAUGCAUUCAGGGUAAAGCUGGGUUUGGAGUAUAGCUAUCCCCUUCCCUGGCCUGCCCUAGUCCCUCAGGAAGGAGCUGGAAGUCAGCUCCUGUCUCAGCUGGAAGUGAGGGUUAUUGUGUAUAGGACUAAAAGUAAGAUGAGAGCUGCCCCUCAACCUCUCCUGUCCUACCCAGAGCCUGCUUUUAGUGUCUUCUUCUCAGAGGGACUCAAUUCUAGCUGAAGUGAGUGGGCCUCUGACUGCACAAGUGAGCAUAAAAUGCCUCUAUCCCCUGUAAAAGCUAAGACUAGUGAUAUACAGGCAAAUAAAUACAGCUUCAGGGUGAUUCCACUAUGACCUCUGAGCAACUAAGAGGCUGAGGUGGAGCUGUUUUACUCUAAAAGAGAGUGGCAGGCUGUAUGCUCUCCUGCCUGUCCUGGAACCUGCUCAAGAUCCUGCAACAAUGAGACAGGAUUUUACCAAGAGUGGUUCUGCUGCUGUAAAUCUGUAAUCCAUUGGUGAAUGUGAUGAACAGUAACAGAUUUAUCCUGACAGGCUCAUCCUGAUCUCUCUCUGUAAGCCAGACAGCUGCUGGAUUCUGCACCAUGCUGUCCACCCAGAGGCACAGUACCAGCAUUGUGACCAGAAAGGAAAUCCUGGAAAAUGGGUUCUUGGUCAGCUCCUCCAGCCAUAGCUAUUCUCCUGUUGUGAGCUAUUACAUGGACUCUAGCAGUGCUCCCAAACAUGAAACCUGGGAGCUUCCCGUGGACUUGGACAACACAGCAAGCGGCAGUUCUCUGUGUGUUGUCAAGCAGGCGGAGUCUCUGAGCAGCUGUGUGAAGCCUGAGCUGCCCAGCCUGACCCAGGGCAUCUCUGACCUCAGUCUUGUCUGCUUCUGCAAGGCCCACCAUGGCCAGGCUGCCUCUGAGCUGUCUGGUUUGCCCUGUGAGCACCCCAGCAGAGAUGGCUGCCUGAUGAAUGUGGCUUCGCAGAACACCUCGACACCUUGCAAGCAUUCCAAACCGCUGGAGAGCCUGCUCUUCAAGAGCUCUGAGCUUGUUGGUGACAUCUCAGCUCUUGGGAAAGUGCCAGCACCCAGGUGGGACAUCUCAGCAAUAAAAUCCUUUAUGGAUACCAGCAUGUCCCUCGAUGUCAGCACUGAGGAGUUACGCUUACUGGGAUGCUCCAAACCAGACACAUCGUCCCUGGAGACCCCUGUGGUGAUUCCUCUGGCUUGGCCAGCAGGCUCUGUGAUGCUGCUGCCCUGGCUCCAGCUGGAGCUGCUGGAUCCCUGCCCCUCCUGCGAAGAGCAAGGAUCCCCGCUGCAGCACAGAAGACGGAGCCAGUGGCUUGAGUGGUGAUGUCAGCAGCUGGUGACAAGCUAAAUCUGCCCACCUGGGGUGGCCGAGUCGGCACUGGUGCUGGGGGAUGUUUGGGCUGGUGAUGGCACCCCUGAGAGCCGCAGCCUUGCUGGCUCCUCCUCCUCCCCGAUCGCUCUCUUUUGUAUUAGCACAAUAAAGAUAUAAAUGUG